CUAGGAGUGGGCUGGACCGGACGCCAGAGACAAAGGCUCUCCACGCAAGAGGGACUCGGACCUGCGACGGCGCUGCUCGGGAUUGGUGAACCCAGGACUUCUCGCCCCUUCGUUUUUCUCUUCCGACGCUUCUCUCAUCCCGAGCCCGCGACCCCGCUCCUCACCGGAGGGCCGCGAUGGAGGUCCCGCCCCGGCUCUCCCAUGUGCCGCCGCCAUUGUUCCCCUCCGCGCCCGCUACUUUAGCCUCCCGCAGCCUCUCCCAUUGGCGGCCGCGGCCGCCGCGGCAGCUGGCGCCGCUGCUCCCUUCGCUCGCUGCCGGCACCGCCCGGCAGGGGGCGCGCCGGGGCCCGCGCCACGUCACCGCCCAGCAGCCCUCCCGAUUGGCGGGCGGGGCGGCUAUAAAGGGAGGGCGCAGGCGGCGCCCGGACCUCUUCCGCCGCCAUUUUAAAUCCGGCUCCAUACAACGCUCCGCCGCCGCGGCCGCGACUCGAGCUGCGCGCCAGCACCCGCCGGCUGACAACGCCGCCGCCAUGGAGGACGUGAACGAGUACAGCAAUACGGAGGAGUUCGCAGAGGGAUCCAAGAUCAACGCGAGCAAGAAUCAGCAGGAUGACGGUAAAAUGUUUAUUGGAGGCUUGAGCUGGGACACAAGCAAGAAAGAUCUGACUGAGUACUUGUCUCGAUUUGGGGAAGUUGUAGACUGCACCAUUAAAACAGAUCCAGUCACUGGACGAUCAAGAGGAUUUGGAUUUGUGCUUUUCAAAGAUGCUGCUAGUGUUGAUAAGGUUUUGGAACUGAAGGAACACAAACUGGAUGGCAAAUUGAUAGAUCCCAAAAGGGCCAAAGCUUUAAAAGGGAAGGAGCCCCCCAAAAAGGUUUUUGUGGGUGGAUUGAGCCCAGAUACUUCUGAAGAACAAAUUAAAGAAUAUUUUGGAGCCUUUGGAGAGAUUGAAAAUAUUGAACUUCCCAUGGAUACAAAAACAAAUGAAAGAAGAGGUUUUUGUUUUAUCACAUAUACAGAUGAGGAGCCAGUAAAGAAAUUGUUAGAAAGCAGAUAUCAUCAAAUUGGUUCUGGGAAGUGUGAAAUCAAAGUUGCCCAACCCAAAGAGGUAUAUAGGCAACAACAGCAACAACAAAAGGGAGGAAGAGGUGCUGCAGCUGGUGGAAGAGGUGGUACUAGGGGUCGAGGCCGAGGUCAGGGCCAAAACUGGAACCAAGGAUUUAAUAACUAUUAUGAUCAAGGAUAUGGAAAUUACAAUAGUGCCUAUGGUGGUGAUCAAAACUAUAGUGGCUAUGGCGGCUAUGAUUAUACUGGGUAUAACUAUGGGAACUAUGGAUAUGGACAGGGAUAUGCAGACUACAGUGGCCAACAGAGCACUUACGGCAAGGCGUCUCGAGGGGGAGGCAAUCACCAAAAUAAUUAUCAGCCAUACUAAAGGAGGACAUUGGAGAAAACAGGAGGAGAUUGCUAAAGUAACCCAUCUGUCAGGACGCCAUUGAAGAUUGAUCUUCUCUUGCUCUAAGAUGAUUAUUUUGUAAAAGACUUUCUAGUGUAUAAGACACAACUGUGUCCAACUGUAUAUAGCCGCCAAUUAGUUUUCUUUGUUUUUACUUUGCCUUUUGCUAUCUGUGUUAUGAUUCAAUGUGGAUUUGUGUUUAUACAAAUUUUAUUUGUAUGAUUUCAUGUUAAACCUCAAAUAAAUGCUUCCUUAUGUGAUUGUU